GUGUGGUGUUCGAGAGGUGUUGGUUUCAAUUGUUUGUGAAAAAGCGAUAUGUCUCUCAGACUAGCUUUGCCUGCAGAAGCAGGCCCUGCCGCUCUCUCUUUUAAGGACUCCAAUGGCAAAGCGAGCCCUCUCAAGCUCAUCAAAGGAACAGUUGGUCUAAAGAAGAAGGAUAGAGGCUUCUGUGGGAAUAGAACUUAUUGUUCAGCUGCCACCCAACCACCACCAGCCUGGCCUGGAAGAGCUGUUUUGGAGGAUGGCAAGAAGAAGACAUGGGAUGGUCCAAAGCCCAUCUCAGUCGUGGGCUCAACUGGCUCAAUUGGAACCCAGACAUUGGACAUAGUUGCCGAGAAUCCUGAUAAAUUCAGAGUUGUUGCACUUGCGGCAGGUUCAAAUGUGACUCUUCUUGCUGAUCAGGUGAAAACAUUCAAACCUCAAUUAGUGGCUGUUAGAAAUGAGUCUUUGUUUGAUGAACUUAAAGAGGCAUUGGCUGAUGCUGAUUAUAAGCCUGAGAUCAUUCCUGGAGAGAAGGGUGUCAUAGAGGUUGCUCGUCAUCCAGAUGCUGUCACAGUAGUUACAGGCAUAGUAGGAUGCGCUGGCUUAAAGCCUACAGUGGCUGCAAUAGAGGCAGGAAAGGACAUAGCAUUGGCAAAUAAAGAGACUCUCAUUGCUGGGGGCCCUUUUGUUCUUCCCCUCGCACGCAAGCAUAAAGUUAAAAUUCUGCCGGCUGACUCUGAGCAUUCAGCAAUAUUCCAGUGCAUUCAAGGCUUGCCAGAAGGUGCACUUCGUCGUAUCGUUUUGACGGCAUCAGGAGGAGCAUUCAGGGAUUGGCCGGUUGCAAAAUUGAAACAAGUGAAAGUUGCAGAUGCUUUGAAGCAUCCUAACUGGAAUAUGGGGAAGAAAAUCACAGUUGACUCUGCCACUCUCUUCAACAAGGGUUUAGAAGUUAUAGAAGCACACUAUCUGUUUGGAGCCGAAUAUGACAACAUAGAGAUCGUGAUACAUCCACAGUCAAUUAUACAUUCAAUGGUUGAAACUCAGGAUUCAUCGGUGUUGGCCCAAUUGGGAUGGCCGGACAUGCGGUUGCCCAUCCUUUACACAAUGUCGUGGCCAGACAGAAUAUAUUGCUCUGAGAUCACUUGGCCUCGACUUGAUCUGUGCAAGUUGGGGUCCCUAACCUUUAAAGCCCCAGACAAUGUGAAAUACCCAUCAAUGGAUCUUGCCUAUGCUGCUGGUCGUGCUGGUGGCACCAUGACUGGAGUUCUCAGUGCCGCCAACGAGAAGGCAGUGGAGAUGUUCAUCGAUGAACAGAUAAGUUAUUUGGAUAUAUUUAAGGUGGUGGAGAUUACAUGUGAUAAGCAUAGGAAGGAGUUGGUUGUGGAGCCUUCUCUGGAAGAGAUCAUUCAUUAUGACCUUUGGGCGAGGGAUUUUGCAGCUAAGUUGCAGCCCUCUAGCCUUAGCCCUGUUGCAGCCUAGAGAGAGAGAGAGAGAGAUUGGAAACUGUAUAGAAUAUGCUAUGCCUAUGUUUUCUUCUCUCCCCACCUGAUUUUGGGGCAUGUGUUGUAAGAGUAAUGUGUUAGAAAAUGAGAAAGGCCUUAGAAAGAGAGCGGAGAGAGAUUGUGGGCAUGUUUCAAUGGAAGUUGGAGGGGCAAAAACUGAGAAAAAUUAUGGGAGAAUAAGAAAGUUGUUGGUGGGAAGGGGGUGCAGCGGGUUUAUUUCUUCUCUCUGGUAGUAGGAAUAAAAAUGAGAUGGAAGUCGGUGGAAGGUGGUGACCUCUCUCUCUGGGUGUGUGUGCUGGCGCCCGCCCAAUAAAUUCGUGUUACUCAUUUUCUUGGAAUACAAUUUCUCAAAAUUUGGCCCUGAAAUUCUUUUUCAAAUUGAAGGACUAUCAAAAUAUCUCUCUACUGUUGACUGUGAAUUUUCAUUAAUAAGAUCAAAAAUCUCUCUCUCACCUCCUGUUAACUGAGAAUUUUCAUUAAUAAGAUCAAUAUUGUUGUA